AUGGCUGCUUCUUCUUUCACUGUUUCUUCCACAAAUCUUCAAGCGAAGCAUCAUGUUUUCCUUAGUUUCAGAGGCGCGGACACCCGCUAUAAUUUCACCAGUCAUCUCCGCGAAGCUCUGAGUCGGAAAAGCAUUCCAACUUUUAUCGACAAUAAACCCCAGAGAGGAGAUGAAAUUUCACCAUCUCUUCUGAAUGCGAUCGAAGGGUCAAAGAUUUUGGUUAUCGUUUUCUCCAAAGAUUAUGCGUCUUCGAGAUGGUGCCUCGAAGAACUUGUGAAAAUCCUGGAAUGCAAGAACAUGCAUGGAGGGAUCGUGAUCCCGGUUUUCUAUCAUGUUGAUCCAUCGGAUGUAAGAAAUCGAACCGGGAGUUUUGGAGAUGGAUUUAUUGAGCUUGAAGAACGAUUUAAUGAGCAACCAGAGAUGGUGCAGAGAUGGAGGAGUGCUUUGAGUGAAGUAGCCAAUCUGUCGGGCUGGCCUUUGAAUGAUAAGACGUCAGAAGCUGAAAUUGUGAAGGACCUUGUCGAUGAUAUUUUGAGGAGAUUGAGGAAUGUUAUGUCUCCGAGUGAUAACAAGAACUUGGUUGGAGUAGAAUCAACUAUCAAAGAAUUAAUUGAGUUGUUAUUGAACAAAGAUGUUUGCACUCUAGGAAUUUGGGGCAUCGGCGGUAUAGGCAAAACAACAAUUGCCCGUGCUGUGUUUAAUGAAAUCUCGAAUUGUUUUGAAGGAUUCUACUUUGCUGAAAAUGUUAGGAAGAAUCAGAAAAUCCUAAUGGACUACUUGGCUUCAGGAAGCCGGGUCAUUAUAACAACUAGAAAUAAACAAGUGCUUGAGAGCUGCAAAGUAGAUAGAAUCUAUGAAGUUAAGAAAUUAUCUCACCCAGAAGAUAUGCAUCUUUUUAGCCGAUAUGCUUUCAAACAAAAUCUCAUCCCAGAGGAUUAUUUGCAGCUCUCAAAUAAGGUAGUAAAUUAUGCUAAAGGUAUUCCAUUAGCUCUUAAAGUGUUGGGUUCAUCUCUAGUUAACAAGAGUGUAGAAGUUUGGGAAAGUACAAUAAGUAAACUAGAAGAAACUCCUCCUUUGAAUAUUUACAAGGUGUUAAAAGUAAGCUAUGAUGGACUGGAUGGUGAGGAGCAAGAUAUAUUUUUAGAUAUUGCAUGUUUUUUCAAAUGGAAGGACCAAGAUCUGGUAAUAAAAAUCUUGAAGGCAAGUGACUUAAAGGCGGAGUGUGGAAUAAGUGUUCUCGUUGAUAAGUGUCUCGUAACUAUAUCAUUAGACAAUAUGAUAACAAUGCAUGAUUUGCUUCAAGAAAUGGGAAGGACAAUUGUUCGUGAAGAAAAGGAUAUUGGCAAGCGUAGUCGAUUGUGGCAUCCCAAGGAUACUCAUCAUGGAACUGAAGCGAUUCGAGGCAUAUGCAUGGACAUGUUUGAAAUAAGAGAUGUACACUUAAAUCCUCUCACUUUCUCAAAUAUGCAUAGUUUGAAAUUCUUGAAUGUCUAUGGAGCUGUUCAUAAUAAGGUGCAUGGGUUUCAAGGCCUGGAAUUUGAUUUCCCAGAGCUAAGAUAUAUUUGUUGGCAUAAUUAUCGGUGGAAAUCUUUGCCAUGCAAUUUUAAGCCCAAGAACCUUGUUGCACUUGAAACGCGCUAUAGUAAUCUUGAAGAACUUUGGAGUAGUGUCCAGGUUCUUGUUAAUUUGAAAUACAUCGACCUGAGUUACUCAGUGCAUCUACGUAAGAUUGCGGACCUCUCACAGGCCCCGAAUCUUGAGAGUUUGAUUCUCGAAGGUUGUACAAGUUUGAUUGAGAUCAGUUCCCCAUCUACUCGGAAGCUCAAUAAACUUGUUAUUCUGAAUCUAAGAAAUUGCAAAAGCCUCCCUGGUCUUCCACCGGGUAUUCAUCAAUCAAAUUCUCUUAGAUUUGUCAUUCUUUCAGGUUGCUCAAAUCUCAAAACGGCUCCCAAGAUCUCAUGUAACACAGAACAACUAAGUCUGGAUGGAACUGCAAUAAAAGAAUUUUCCUCUACGAAUGAACCACCUUCUAGACUAGUUCAAUUCAGUCUUCAGAACUGUUCAAGGCUUGAAAGACUCCCAAGAAACUUUCAUAAGUUUGAAUCUCUCAAAUAUCUUUCUCUAUCUUCUUGCUCAAAUCUUGAGUCUAUUCCAAAGAUCCCACGCAAGAUAGAAGAGUUAUAUAUUGAUGGAAUUGCAAUAGAAGAAUUGCCCUCAUCAAUUGGGUCUCUAUCCAAUCUACAAACAUUGAGUCUCAGGAAUUGUUCAAGGCUCAAGAGUCUUCCGGAUGGCAUUUGUAAGCUAAAAUCUCUCAAGUAUCUGUCUCUCUCUGGUUGCUCAAACAUCAAGACAAUUCCAAAGAUCUCAUGUAAGAUGGAGCAAUUACAUUUAGAUGAAACGGCAAUAAAAGAAUUGCCCUCGUUAAUCGAGUAUCUAUCCAGUCUAGUCACUUUGAGUAUAAAAAAUUGUUCAAGUCUUGAGAAUCUUCCGGACGAAAUCUGUAACCUGAAAUCUCUCAAACAUCUCUAUAUCUCUGGUUGUUCAAAACUCGACAGAUUGCCUGAGGACAUCGGAAAUCUGCAAAGUUUGGAGGUGUUUGAAGCUAAUGGAAUUGCUGCAACCAAAUUACCAUCAUCCAUGGAAAGUUUGAGCAACAUUCGUGAAUUAUCUUUUGAGAGAUGGAAAGGGCAAGAGCUUGUGCGUUCUCUUUCUCCUAUGUUAUCAGGUUUGAAGCUUUUUAAGAAACUAAACCUGAAUGACUGCAAUAUCACAGAAUUACCCAACAGUCUUGGCGAUUUAUCCUUUCUGGAACAUUUAUAUCUUUCUGGAAACAAUUUUGAGAGCAUUCCAGCAACAAUCAUCAACCUUUCGAAGCUCGACUUGAGCCACUGCAAAAUGCUUCAAUCCUUACCAAACCUUCCUGGUGACAUACAACUUCUGGUAGCAGAUAGCUGCAAAUCUCUGCAAACAUUAUCUGAUUUGCCGAUUCCAAGCCAUGGCUAUUUCAACGGUAAUCUCAGCUUCAUUAAUUGCUUCAAUCUGGACUGGAGAACGCUCACAAAAAUUCUGGAUUACGCUCACAAAAAUUCUGGAUUACGCUCUGUCAAAUAUGAUUAUAAAGCUAGGACGUUGCAUAUUAACUGCGAGUUGCUUCUGAAAUGCGAAGAUGGCUUGAAGAAAAUGGGGAGCGGCAGCUUUUUAGCUUGGAACAAAGAGUAUGCGCCCUCCCAUGUCGAGUUUGAUCAUGUGUUUCUGGGAUAUGAUUGUCAAGUGAAUGAUAAACCAGAAUGGGAUGAAUUCCCUGAGGCCAUUAUCAAGUUCAGUGUUACAGAUGAAGAAUGCGUGGUGAAGAAGUGUGGAGUCCGUUUAUUGUUCAGCCAGGAGGAAUCAAUGAAUGAAUCCAGCUUAUGUUUGCUCUCCGAUGAAGAUGAAGAUGAGGAAGAUGAGCCACAGUCAAAGAGAUUGUAA